GCAGUUGCGCAUGCUCAGUGCGUUGACUCACGUAAGGCUCGCGGGACUGACAAGAGUCCGGGAUUUGCUCGCAGACUGAGCGCGGCCGGGACGAUGCCUGAGAUCAGAGUGACGCCCUUAGGGGCCGGCCAGGAUGUGGGCCGCAGCUGCAUCCUGGUCUCCAUUGCGGGGAAGAACGUCAUGCUGGAUUGCGGGAUGCACAUGGGCUUCAACGACGACAGACGCUUCCCUGACUUUUCCUAUAUCACCCAGAAUGGCCGGCUGACUGAUUUUUUGGACUGUGUGAUCAUCAGCCACUUCCACCUGGACCACUGUGGGGCGCUCCCCUACUUCAGCGAGAUGGUGGGCUAUGAUGGGCCCAUCUACAUGACCCACCCCACGCAGGCCAUCUGCCCCAUCCUGCUGGAAGACUACCGCAAAAUCGCCGUGGACAAGAAGGGCGAGGCCAACUUCUUCACCUCCCAGAUGAUUAAAGACUGCAUGAAGAAGGUGGUGGCCGUCCACCUCCACCAGACAGUCCAGGUGGACGACGAAUUGGAAAUCAAGGCCUACUAUGCCGGCCACGUACUGGGUGCAGCCAUGUUCCAGAUUAAAGUGGGCUCAGAGUCAGUGGUCUACACGGGUGACUAUAACAUGACUCCAGACCGGCAUUUGGGAGCUGCCUGGAUUGAUAAGUGUCGCCCCAACCUGCUGAUCACAGAGUCCACAUAUGCCACAACUAUUCGGGACUCCAAGCGCUGCCGGGAGCGUGAUUUCCUCAAGAAAGUCCAUGAGACCGUGGAGCGUGGGGGAAAGGUGCUGAUCCCUGUGUUUGCACUGGGCCGUGCACAGGAGCUCUGCAUUCUGCUGGAGACCUUCUGGGAACGCAUGAACCUAAAGGUGCCCAUCUACUUCUCCACGGGCCUGACAGAGAAGGCCAACCACUACUACAAGCUCUUCAUCACCUGGACCAACCAGAAGAUUCGCAAGACCUUUGUGCAGAGAAACAUGUUUGAAUUCAAGCACAUCAAGGCCUUUGAUCGGGCAUUUGCUGAUAACCCAGGUCCAAUGGUUGUGUUUGCCACACCAGGGAUGCUGCAUGCUGGCCAGUCCUUGCAGAUCUUCCGGAAGUGGGCAGGAAAUGAGAAGAACAUGGUCAUCAUGCCUGGCUACUGUGUGCAGGGCACUGUGGGCCACAAGAUCCUCAGUGGGCAGCGCAAACUGGAGAUGGAGGGGCGGCAGGUGCUGGAGGUCAAGAUGCAGGUGGAGUACAUGUCAUUUAGUGCCCAUGCUGACGCCAAGGGCAUCAUGCAGCUGGUGGGCCAGGCAGAGCCGGAAAAUGUGCUGCUGGUGCACGGGGAGGCCAAGAAGAUGGAGUUCCUCAAGCAGAAGAUAGAGCAGGAAUUCCGGGUCAGCUGCUACAUGCCAGCCAACGGUGAGACGGUGACGCUACCCACGAGCCCCAGCAUCCCUGUGGGCAUCUCACUGGGGCUGCUGAAGCGAGAGAUGGCACAGGGACUGCUACCUGAGGCCAAAAAGCCCCGGCUCCUGCAUGGCACCUUGAUCAUGAAGGACAGUAACUUCCGGCUCGUGUCCUCAGAGCAAGCCCUCAAGGAGCUGGGCCUGGCCGAGCACCAGCUGCGCUUCACCUGCCGCGUACACCUGCAUGACACGCGCAAGGAACAGGAGACAGCCACACGCAUCUACAGCCACCUCAAGAGCAUCCUGAAGGACCACUGUGUGCAGCACCUCCCCGACGGCUCUGUGACCGUCGAGUCCAUCCUUGUCCAGGCUGCUGCUCACUCUGAGGACCCAGGCACCAAGGUGUUGUUGGUCUCUUGGACCUAUCAGGAUGAAGAACUGGGUAGCUACCUCACCUCGCUGCUCAAGAAGGGCCUUCCUCAGGCUCCCAGCUGAAGCCAUCUGCCACCUAGGCCUGCAACCUCUGCCCUUUGCCCAGACCUGGGCUUCCACUCCAGAACUGUGGAUGCUCUGUGUGAAUGGAGCCCCUAGCUGGGCCAUAGACCCUAUCCCCAGGGACAAGGUUAUGACAGUACCUAACUGAGUGGCCAUUUUUGGCUGAAGAAAUAAAUAGGCCUUUGGGGACUCCUUGCCUUGUAUUCCUGUGCCCUAAGAAGAUGUUUAAGGAUAGUACCGGACAGCAAUUUCUAGUAAAAGCAGAACUAAAGGCAA